AUGCCACGCUCGUGCUACGACAUCUCCAAAGUCUUCUGCUCGGAUGAGAAGAUGCGGGAGAUCCCGGCAGGCUUGCCAGGGAAUGCCACCCAGCUCUUCUUUGUGGAGACGGCCCUGAGCAGCAUCCGCAGCGGAGCCCUGGGUCCCAGCACCACCCUUACCAAGCUGGUCUUUCUCCACAACAACAUCCAGGAGUUGGAGGCCGGUGCCUUUCGGGGGCUGCCCAGCCUCGCUGAGCUGGAGGUGUCGGGCAACCCCUUGCCAGCGGUCAGCCUGGGGGUGCUGGCAGGGCUGCCCAGCCUCAGGAAGCUCUCCCUGGGUGCCAACGCCAUCCGCUCCCUGCAGCCGGGGCUCUUCACUGCCACAAGCUGCCUGCAGGACCUGCGCUUGCCAGGGAACAAGAUUGAGGCACUGCCCCCCAGCAUCUUCCGCCCGCUCUGGCGUCUCCAGACCCUAGACCUCUCUCAGAAUGUCCUGGCCGAGCUGCCAGCUGGGCUGCUGACCCCCCUUGUCACCCUCCGCAUCCUCAAACUCA